AUGAACACAGGACCUGAGAGACUCAAACCGGUGCUGAUGAUCUUCUGUGUGCAGUCGGUGUGGUGGAGCAGCAGCUCUGCCUCUGUGGCUCUGGACGUCCUGCGGGAGCUACGUCUGGACCGACUGACGGAUGAGAGCGCUGUAGUGCUGUGGCUCGAUGAACACCUGCGAGCGUUCCUGCCCAGUGCGUCUGGGACGUUCCUGCAGUGUCUGCGCAGCCAGAACCUCAGCUGCCAGAGCUUCCAGACAGUGGUUGGGGCGUUCGAUGCAGGAUUUUCCCAUAUGAAUGACGUUCAGCGCCAAACAGUCGUGUCACACUUCAUCGUCCCGUUCCUCUCGAGAGCAGGUGCGGCGUGUGUCUCCAUCAACAGCUCUCAGUGGCUCAUCAGUAACUUCGGCCAGUUCUCUGCCCUUGUUCCUCUGAAUCAGCUGAUCUCACUCAACCCACAGUUCAACCCGAUGAGCAGCCUGCUCUAUCUGUCUCCAGAGCAGCUGGUAGGGCUGAUGUUUGACGACGUUCCUGGUCUUCCAGAGAAAAGUGUGGUCAUCAAUGCCGUGUUCGAUCACCUGACGGCGUCUCCACAGAGAGAGAGGAUCGUCUCCAUGCUUCCCAUCAUGGUGGAGUCAUCAAAGACAAGGAACGUCUCCUGCGCAUCAUAUCAGAUCAUCUUCCACCGUCUGGAUCAUCUGAUGGUCAGCGUGCCGGUGGAUCUGGAGUCUGUGAUUCUGAGGAGUAGAUCAGCUCUUCUUCAGAACGUGCCGCAGGGUUGUGUGAGCUCCAGCAGACAGUGUGGUGCCACACCAGUGAACGAAACAACAGUGUGUGGGAGCACCAACAGCUCUGUUGUGUCGGCGUAUCUCGGCUCGUCUCAUGAUGGCAGUCGUCUCUGUGAAUUCAGCAUCACACAGUACGCUUGUGCACAGCUGACAGCUCUGAGCUCACAGGACCUGGCGACGGUGUUGUCAUGCGGUCUCAACAGGAAUGAGAGCGUGUCCGAGGAGACGUGGAAGCUCUUCGUGCAGAAGGUCAACCCUGUGCUGGGUCCAGCGCUCGACCUGCUCACACACACGAGGCUGAAUAAGUCCCGCCCUGCAGUCUCAUUCUUGAAUGUGAUUGGAGAAGUCACUCUGAGCUCCUUCAGCUCCACCAAUCUGAGAGAUGAUUUGUUCGUCCAGCGCUGGUUUGACUCCAGGCUCCGCCCAUUUUUACCCUACGCCUCUGAGACGUUCCUGUCCUGUCUGUCCACCAGAGACUUCAGCUGCGACACAUACAGGAGCGUUGUCAGGAGCUUCAGUCAGAGUUUUGACGUCAUGUUCACUGAUACACAAGCUAACUUCUACGUUGACUUCAUCAAAGUCUUCCUCUCUCAGAACAGCACUGCAGGGUGUGUGAACGUCUCUCAGAGCAGCUCUGAUUGGCUGAUCAGCAGCUUCGGACGUUUUUCUGUUUUCACCACUGUCACUGACCUGCAGACACUCAACCCCAGCUUCAAUGUGUUGGACACUCUGAGUCUGUUGAGCCUGAGGCAGUUAGUGGAGGUGUCCAUCUCUCCUGGAUUCCUGUCCAGCGCUGCUGCGGUCGAUAAUCUGCUGCUCUACGUGCCGGACGCUCAGAUCACUGCGUUCUUCUCAUCCCUCUCUGCUACGCUACAGACGCAGGGCGUGGUUCUCCCGUCCCCCGUGCAGGAGGCGUUUCUGCAGCAGGUGUUGGCCAGGGCCAAUCUGACCACCUUACAAGAUGCUGAUCUGCAGAUCUGGAUCCUGAACAUACUGCCAUCCUUCACAGCCAACAUCACCGUCCAACACGUGACAUCCUACUUCAACAUCGUCCAGCAGAGACCCUGUCCCAUCAGCCAGCAGGCGGUGCAGCUGUUGAACUCGUCCAGCUCCACCUUCCAGCCGGAGACACAGGAUCAGAUCUACAAGCUGAUCCUCGGCUCUCUAACAGGCCCCACCCCACUGCGCUGCUAUGGUAACCAGAGCUACUACGCUUUCCUGACCUCCUCCUUCAUGAGUUUCCAGUUCCCCGAUCUGACCACCUUCCUGUCGCUGAUGCCGCCGGGCCGUGUACCAGAGCUGAUGGAGUCAGUGUCUCCAGCGGAGGUCAGCAGUCUUCUCAACCGGCCGAAUGCUGUGGACGAUGUGACCCAAAUCUGCCAGCUUUUCAGAAAUUACCCAAAGACACCCCAGUACUUACAGACGGAGCCGCUGUUGCCCAUGGGUUUGGCCCGGCAGGUGUUGUCCUGCGUCUGGCCUCAGGUUCUGAAGCUGGACGUCCAGUCUGAGGUCAAUCAGUGGUUUGAUCAUCGACUGGUUCAAUACCUGCCUCUCCUCACCUCACAGUUCAUCGCUCCAGACGUCAUGCUAAACACCUCCUGUCUCUCCUUCAAGAAGUUCGUUUCAGUGAUGGCUCAAUACAACUACACUUCAGCUGAGUUUUCUCAGAGUGACAUCUACAACACCAUCCAGAUCUACCUCAACACCUCUUUAGAUUCAACUCCUAAAUGCUAUAACACUUCCAACCCGGAUCUCAACUCCACCACCUGGUUUGCAGACUACAUCUCUGUCUUCUUGAGCUUCGUCACACUGGAUGACCUCCUCCAGUUUGGCUCCAUUCAGCCGUUCCUCGUGAACCUGGAGAACCUGCAGCUCUUUGGUGAGACCAGCGUUCCUGAUGAAGUCUUGGAAUACUAUGUGUCUCUGCUGUUCGAGAUGAAUCCGUCCUUCAGUGCCUACUAUCUUCCUCUGAAGUUCCUCUGCUUGGCUCCUGCGAGCUCCUUCCUUCAGCUGAGUCUGGAGCAGAUGAAGAACAUCUCAUCCAGUGUCCAUCAGAACUGCAUCGACAUCCUUCCUGAAGUGUCUGCGGCUCUGGCCAGUAACGCGCCGGUUCUGACGCUGGAUACCAUCACGGCUCUGGGUCAGUCGUCCACAGGUUUGAGCACGGCUCAGAUCAGCGGCACUGGAGGGAAUGUGCUGCUCAAUGCACUCUCCGUGCUCAGACUAGUUCAGGGCUGGAACCUCGAUCAGGCCAUGAUGAUCAUCCAAACCCUGCUGUCGUCUGGAGUUUACCAGAUAAACAGUGCAGCCAGCCUGCAGAACUUGGGUUCACUGAUCAUCGGUGUUCAAUCAUCAAUCUUUAACCUAAUCUCAGGAAAUAUCUUCAUUGAGGCAAUGAAAUCUGAACUGUUCGUGACCAACAUCUUCAGCGCACCUGUGAUCGUCCAGCAGACCAUCGUCAACCAGAUCAUCACGGUCAACAGCUCGUCUGACGCCGUCAUCACAAACGUUCCUGACCUCCUGGCCACAGAAAUCCCACGUGUUUUCCUGCAGGAUGUGUCACAGUCCUCCGCGGCAGCACAGACGGUCAACCAGAAGAAAUGGAAACAGGAGCAGGCCGUUUUGAUCUUUGAAAACGUCGCUGCGCAGUUCAGCAACCCGGAUGACGUGUCUUUCCAGGUGCUGCAGGGCUUCACCUGUUCACGAAUCCAGAGCUUCAGCUCUAGUAAAGUCAUGAAUCUGAUCCGCGGCUGCAGACGGCGAGUCAAUCAGACGCUCGUCCUGCAGGAGUCACAGCUGACCUGCAUGUAUCACUACAUUAAGAGCGCUGAUCUCACUGCUUUCUCCCAGUAUCCCACUGAAGUGCUCAUCUAUUACAACUACUCGAUGGUCGACAGAUCUCUUUGCCGCUCGUAUUUCUCAUCUCUGGGCACAGCCAACUUCUCUGUUCUGUCCAGCACACUGUCCUCAAAGAAGCAGACGCUGUUCAACAAUGCCAGGGACUGUCUGGGGAUCUCAGGUUUCAGGAUCAGUCGGGAUCAGCUGGAUGUUUUGGGGAACAUGUGCUGUUUUCUGAGCAGCGAGUACAUCCAGAGCUCAGACCCGUAUGUGCUGGAGAAACUCAAGCAGUGUGUGGAUCUAUCAGCUGAGCAGAUCUCAGCACUGGAGAGCGUCCUGCUGGGAGGAAACACCAGCUACGGACCCUCAGACAGCUGGAACAGAACCACGCUGGAGAACCUGGACCUCCUGCCUCUGUACCUCACCACCAACAUCUGGAGCAAAUUCACACCGGUGAUCAAGCAGAGGUUUCUGAAGACCUUCAUUCGUGACCUGAGGAAGAAUGAUAAAGCUUCAGAGAUGAAGAUCCUCAACAUGAUGAAUGAGGUCAACAAAAUCUCACGAGUCAAAAUGAAGAGAUCUGCAGAGACAUCAUGCACCGUGGGUCAGAUCCUGCAGGCUCAGGUGUACAGCGACAUGUUUCCGUUUGCAUACGACGUGACUCAGUUUAACGCCUGCUUGAGCGUCCAAACACUGAAGGACAACCUGGAGGCUGUGACCGACAGAGUUUACGACAGGAGCUACCAGAGGAUCAUCCUGGACAAACUCAACCAGGUGUAUCCGGGAGGAAUGUCUGACGAGGUGCUGCAGGUUCUAGGCUCCGCCUCCCGCGCGGCCACACCUGAUGAUGUCAGAAAGUGGAACGUGACGAAGAUCGACACCCUCUCGUCUCUGAUGAACCAACGCAACGGAGACUGGGACACGGAGAUGAAGAGCUGA